AUGCUAAUCUUGAUAAUAUUUCUUUUGCAACCUGACAAAUUUAGUUUACACUACUUGCUAAGUUGUUUUGUUGUUAAUUUCUGUAGAUGAGCAUAUCCUAGGCGAAGAUUAGGUUUACGUAGAUGUCACUUGUUCCUGCAAAGCAAUUGCUGUCUUAACUUACACCUUUAAUCUAUGUCCAGUCAAAUCUAAUUAGGGUUUGAUAAAAUGGUUUUGGGUUCCUUUUCCUUUCUUAUGGUAUUGAGGGUUCUACGAGCUCAAGUCAGAGAUAUUGCAAUCAUGUAUCACUUGAAGGCUUGGAAGCGAGAGUUUUUAGAUAUAUUAUUUUGAUCCCUGCGUUAUGUGCGCUAUUUGGACUCUUGCUACGUUUAGUUUUAACUUAAAGGGUUAAGUAUUGAUGUAUCCAUUUUACUAGAAUUCUUGCCCUAGGUUUUUCUUUUUUCUUUAUUCCUUUGUUAUGUUGUGGAUGUGCUUCUUCACCAUGUCAGAGUAGAUGUUUAACUUGUUUGUCUCGCUAUGAUCGCAGGGUCAUUCAUUUUACCCGAAGUUCUCAGUAUUUGCUCUGGGAUGAUUGCAAUAUAAUUCUAUUAGGAAAAUUACUUAUUGUGUCAUUAAGAUUGUAUUCAAGCAGUAAAAGAAAGAAAAUUUAUGUGUGUUUGAAACAAAUUGAAGGAAAAAAAGAUCAAAAUAAAAGAAAAGAAGUUUCUCUUGUUUACAGAAAAGAGAAAAAAGAAAAAGAAAGAGAAAGAGAAAAAGAAAUAUUAAAAAAAAGAGAGUAUAAGAUGGAAAAGAAACCUUUGUAAUUGAUAGGGGGAAACUGAGUGACCGAAAAAAGGAAGAGGAAAAGGAAUGUGAAGAUUGGAAAAACAACAUUGGUCGAUUUAGUUCAUUUGAUCCAAAAAAGUAUACAUUAUUGUGAACUUAGGGCUAAUCGUCCUCAAAGCUACAUAUCAAGGACCAUAGGUUGGGACCAGUACCCCCAUGGUAGAUGGAGUGAUUCUAGAAAUCCUUCAUAUGGGGCAUUGACUGACUAUCAGUUUAUGCGGCCACGGGCACGUGACAAGAAGCUUCUUGAGGAAUGGGCACUCCCAUUGAAAAGCAUUGAAGAUGUUUAUGAGAAAUUUAUGAAGUACUGCCUUGGAAAGUUGAGAAGCAGUCCGUGGUCUGAAUUAGAAGGUCUUCAGGCUGAGACAAGGAUGAUAAGUGAACAGCUUGGGAAAAUUAACAUGAAAGGCUUUCUUUCUAUCAACAGCCAACCAGCAGUUAAUGGAGAAAGAUCUGAUUCUCCUUCCGUAGGAUGGGGUGGGCCAGGAGGUUACGUUUAUCAAAAGGCGUACAUUGAGUUUUUCUGUUCCAGGGAAAAGUUGGAUGCUAUUGUUGACAAAUGCAGGGCCCUUCCAUCUCUCACCUACAUGGCGGUGAAUAAGGAAGGAAUUUGGGUAUCCAACGUCACUCAAAAGGAUGUGAAUGCUGUAACAUGGGGAGUUUUCCCAGCCAAAGAGAUCAUCCAGCCAACCGUUGUCGAUCCUGCCAGUUUUCUUGUGUGGAAAGAUGAGGCGUUUGAGAUUUGGUCAAGGGGAUGGGCUGCCUUGUAUCCUGAGGGCGACUGGUCCCGAAAAUUGCUUGAUGAGAUACAGAGCAGCUACUACUUGGUGAGUCUGGUGGAUAACGAUUAUAUCAAUUCCGACCUCUUUGCUAUUUUGGAGGACUUCUGAGAUGAGCUCUGCUAUUCCUUUCCAUGAUUCUAGCUUUUUGAGCAUCAUCAUAUUUUUCUCCCUGCUCAGGGAGUUAUCACUAAACAAAUGACUGCAAUAGAAGAAAUGGUCUCAAUAUAUUCUUUUUCUUUCUUUCUUUUUUUUUUUUUCCAAAGGAUGAUCAGUGUAAUAAUUAAGCUUCAUAAUUUCUGUGUUUGGAUCCAAGUUGUAUAUAAAUGUCACAUUA